CUCACCUGGACACUAUUGGCGGUGUUAUAUCACAAAACCUCACAUUUGCCUGCUGUACAACCCUUCUGGUCAACUGGAACAACGCUUUUCAUCAUCGCUUAUUUAGUGUAUAAUAUAUGUGCAUCUGAGCUCAAGGACACGAAAACUUUUGCACAUAAAUCAAAAGUGAAUCUAGUAAAUCCAGUACACCAGGAUUCAUGCAUGAGCUGGAGUGCAGGGAUGGUUAGGUAAUACAUAUACAUUGAUUUAUUGGGUUUAUAUACCGUAGAGUGAACCGUCAUGGAGCUCCGGACGGCAUCAGCGGACGCGCAGCCGGGGCUGACCGGGGACAGGACGCCCGAGAGCCGCAUGGACGAGUACCUGCACUCGCAGGGUUUCUACCGCAAGAAGAUCGCCAAGGACGGGUCGUGUCUGUUCAGGGCCGUGGCAGAACAGGUGCUGCAUUGUCAGAGUUUACACACACAGGUCCGAGCGGCGUGUGUGAAGUAUCUGAGACAGAACAGAUCUACUUAUGAGCUGUUUAUCGAAGGCGAUUUUGAGAAAUACCUGUUGAAUUUGCAGGACCCUCAGAGCUGGGUUGGACAAGUGGAGAUCACUGCUUUGGCUGAGCUCUAUAAGCAUGAUUUCGUUAUUUUCCAGGAGCCUGAUCAACCCCCCGUCCACAUCACAGAGAACGGCUUCCCUUAUAAGGUGCGACUGUGUUUCCUCAAUGGAAACCAUUACGAUAGUGUUUACCGUCAAUCAUUUGAAAAAAGUGCUGCUGUAUGUCAAUCUAUCCUAUAUGAGCUGCUGUAUGAUCGUGUGUGUGGUGUCGAGCGUGGUGUUGUGGCAUCGUGUGUGAGAGGAAGAGGAAGAGACAGACUGGACUCGGAGCAAUGCAAGAGUAGCGAAGAGUCCGACCUGGAGGAGGAAGAUUUCUGGUCCAAUGAAGCCAAGGACAAGACCACCAAUGGGACGAACAGCGGACCGACACGAAGAGGUCGUGGGAGGGGCCAUUCUCGAGGAGGAGGGCGUGGCUUUCUGUCAACUAAGGCGAAAAAGUCCCUAAGCCCCGCCCUCUACAGGAACGUUGAGUACGACGUGUGGCUUCGUUCUAAACGGCUUCAGCAAAAGCGAGAUUUCUGCAUGGCCGCAGGGAUGCAGUAUUCGGUUGGAGACAAGUGCAAAGUGCAGUUGAGCGGCAGUAAUCGCUUCUAUACCGCUUGCGUUCAGGAAGUCAGUCCUGACAAUGGGCCAGUCACCGUAUUCAUUGAGGAACUCUGCAAGCAACAUAUCGUGCCGUUGUUGAGUUUGCGUCUUCCGUCUGAAGAACCUCAGUCUUGGCAGUCGGUGUCCGAAAAGAGCAAAAGACAUUCUGCACACAACGAACAAACAUGCUCUGAGUGGGACAGCAGAGGGGGACGUAAGUUCAGCAAACCAGUGCCACAUUCUGCACCCAGCGUUCAUGUGCACAGACUGCACUCCUUGCCUCAGCAAACCACCGCAGAUGAGCAGCCAAAUGGGCGGAGCAUGAAGUUUAGGGAAUCCGAUGAGCUCAGCAGUCCAGUGUAUAUAGCUCCAGAGGAGGAACAAGAGAGCGUGCUUCUAGAACUUCUGCACAAAGACGAGCACAACUUCCCCUCGCUCGGAGCAAGCACCCAGACGGCCACAGCUGAGGUCACAAAGGGAGGAGAGAAGAGGAACUCUCGGAAGAAACAACAGAAGGAGUAUCUCUCGGAGACAGACCUCAAAGCAGCACCCCAGAAGCUUAUCCAGAAACAGAAGUGCAAUGAUGAAAAUAAACAUGUGAGAAGGGUUUCUGAGGAACUAGAGCAAAGAUCUUCUCCCCCAACUAAGGAGAAAUCUUCCCCUGCCUCUCCUUCAACUUCUGCUGUUGCUGCUGCUUCUGCCAACAAAACUGCCCCAGCUCCAUCUCAGGCCGUUUCUGCUACUGCCCCUAGUGUAGCUCAGUAUGCUCCUAUGGCUAUUAAAACGACCCCAGUUGAACCCCAGACUGGUCUUGCUCAGCGCUCCAAUCAGCUUGCACCAGUGAAAAUUUGUACUCCUUCAAACUCCGUCCCUGUUGUCUCAAUUAUCACUACUACCCCUGCCUCCAAACCUUCCCGACUCCCAGCAGUAACUGCUUCCGUACCUAUUGCAGCCCGGCCCAGACCUGUACUUCCCCCUGGUUCUUCUCAACCCACUCAGGGUCCAUUUCCAACUACCCCUGUUACUUCUUCAGCCCUCGCUCAAGUUACCCCAGUUAUACCCCCCACCACUGUGGAAGUACCUGCUCCAGUCUCCUCUCAAACUACUCCAGCCCCUUCUGUCUUAGCCCUAAACACCCCUGUUAAAGCCAUGCCUCUGGUUCAAACUGCCCUGCCCUCUAUCUCUGCCCCAAUCUUCGUACCUGCCUCUGUAAUACCUGUCUCGACUACUACCCCUGUACCAGCUCAGGGAACUGCCCCUAUAGUAGAUGCCCCAGACCUGUUUCCUGCCACUCUUCCUGACAACAGAGGCAGUGCUCAGUCCUGUGUCCAACCAACUGUGAACCUUCCUAUUGCUCUCAUGCAAACACCUCAUGCCCAUCCUACUUCCAUCUCUCCAUCCUCUGGGCCCACACAUGCUCCACCUUUGGCCACACCUCAGUCCUCACCUAAUGCAUCAGAGUCAUGCACAAGUGAAUCUCUGGCCAUACCUGCUUCAGGAGUACCACCUGUUCCCGAGCACCUGUCCCAGCCCACUCAAAUCCCCUACCCUCGUCUCCAAUGGUCUCGGCUCCUUCAGGACCCGCUAUAUCCAGGAUUCCCCCAGAAUGAGAAGGGGGAAAUGGAACCACUGCCCCCCUUUUCCCUCUCCCGUAAAGGAGAAGACCUGCCACAAGAUAUCAGUGUUCUCAGGUUCUUCUUCAACCUCGGGGUCAAGGCGUACUCUCAGCAGAUGUGGCCUCCCAUGGCAUAUCUGGUUCCUCUGUACCAAGCCUAUCAAGUGUACCUUAGAGGGACUCCUUCCUCUAAUCCUCCCGCUUACCCCAACGUGACGUCAUUGCAACCAGACAAUCCAUCUCCUCUGCAGAACUUGUGUUCCACCCCUGACCGCUUACUGGACAACCAAAGUCACACGCCCUUAACAGUUGGCAGUGGUCCUGUUGGUCCCGAAGAGGUUGAAGGGUACGAUCAUCGCCCAUCCAUUCCAAUGCAGGGGCCACCAAGACCAGCAAUGCCCUGGUCUAUGCCUCAUCCAAAUACCUAUCCUGGCCCAUACCCGGUGCCCCCAACUGCUUCUCCAGAGCAGUUUUCAGCUCCACCCUAUCUGACCUCUGGGAAUCAUCUGUAUCCAUCUUCAUCUGGUGGUUUCCAUCAUAUGGAACCUCCACCCACACCUUGUGAAGCAUUAAAUCAUGGCCCUCCUGGUGGGAUGGGUGUCCAGCAAUCUGUUCCUUCACCAUUGGAGAGGGGUCAAGAGAAUGGCAAAAGGUCUAUGACAUCUCAAUUUUGGUCCUUGCAGAAGACUCCUUUCUUUCCUGGAGGCCAAUCCCAUUUGGGUUUUGGAGAUUUCAAGCCUGUGGAUGUUACAACGAUGACGGAACCUCCACGCUUUGGUGGACCUUUUCCAAUGGGUCCGGUGCAAGGAGACAUGGCAGGAGUGGCCACCACUUUACCCAAUGGAAACUUGGGAAGACAAGGGGAAGUCUUCCAAAAGAGUGUCCUCAGAAGACCUAUUGUGGAUGAGCCUGGUCGCCUCAUCCCCGCAUAUUCUCCCCAUGAUAAAUUGUCAUUCGAAGAAAUUGAGUUUGUCAAUGUCGAACAGUCGUGCUACAGCCAGUCCUAUAGGAGUGAAGGAAGGCGUGGCCAAGAGGAUAGAGGAGGAUAUAGAGGGAGGGGCCACCGUGGCCGGAAAAGAAAAGACGACCAAUCAUCUUACAGUGGAGGACGUUAUGGGAGGCGAGGGGCGGGGCCAAGGGUAGGGUCACAGUCAACAUUUCAGUGACUAUAACACUGAAUAUACAGAUAUCUAUACUCUGUCAUUUCAGUUUCUGCUGGGCUUUUGGUAUACUUCAUUAGUUCUGUCACCCAUGAUUUUAACUGUCUUCAGUUUUUUCACAAAGGAAGUUUAAAUAGGUUUGGAAAGAUGUUGUGAAAAUAAAAUGUAAUAAAAUGUUCUUGCUAAGCACUAACUGCAUUGCCCUAAUUACAAAACGCACAAACUUUGGAACUGUAUUAAAUAACACAUACUUUUC